AUGUCUGGCUCAAGCUCUCUCGAUCCAAACGGAACACAGACGCCGUGGAACAAUGUCCUCAACCAAACCGUCGGCACGCUCGUCGAUUCAAUGAACAGCACUGCGACCGAUGAGGAUAUUCAGCAAAAAUCGCGUCUCUACAACAUUGUGCUCUGGGCGCCAUUUGUAUGCAUUCCGCUGAUGAUUAUCGCCGGCCGGCUCAUAAACUAUGCAUAUAGAAUCUACCAGGCCAAGCGAUACGGAUAUGAUGACGACCUGCUCAGCGACCCGCUUGCCGAGCUCGGAUUGAGUUUCCAUCGCAACUACAGCAAUCUGUCCGGCAUCCGCACCAUCCGCAAAGAACAGGAACGCAUCAAGCGCAAGCAAAUGCGGGAGAUUCGCAACGCCCCAAAAGCAAGCUCCAGACUACCCCAGUCUCUCGAAAAGUCUAUCGCUCCCUUCGAGGCCUAUCUGCUUGGGCUGCGCAAGAAGACUCAAAAAUCAUGGUCGGACAAGUAUUCGCCCGAGGCCAUCCGCCGCUGGUUCAAUAACUCGCGCUACGCUCGCAUGUGGAUGGUUUUCCAGGUCAUUUGCACGAUCGCCGCCAUCUGCAACUACGUGUUGUUAACAUACGCGAUUGACAAGACCGAGCGUUACAGCGUCAAGUACUUUGAUGUCGCCUUGGCAAGCAUCUUCUUGUCCGACUACAUACUUUCAUUUUAUGCUGCCGAGGACCGUCUCAAGUUUUACUUCAAUCUGUCGUCUCUCAUCGACCUGAUUUCGAUCAUCCCUCCGUUCAUAUACGUGUUCAUGCUCAGCCAAAACGUCUCGGAUGAGGAGGCCUCGGCAGAUGGACUGUAUAUUUGGUAUCUCGGGCUCCUCCGCAUCCUCCGAGCGUCCAGGAUCUUGAGGACAUAUCGACUCCUUUCGUUCUCCGAGACGGAGGAGCGCCGCGAGUUGACCAUCCUCGCCCUCACUUUCAUCAACUUUGUCUUUCUCUCGGCCUCAGCGAUCAACGCAUUCGAGACCACCAUCACACGGCCGACCCCACCCUCGCUCACGAACUGGCACGACAGCUUGUACUAUAUCAUGGUGACAUUUAGUACCAUUGGGUUUGGUGACUUGACGCCAUCAUCGACCUCGUCGAGGGUCUUAGUGAUGGUGUUGAUCAUCUUCGUGAUUGUGUUUGUGCCCCUGCAGACAGCCAAGCUCUCGGAAAUUUACAAUUCGACAAGCGUCUAUCAGCGUGCAAAGUACACGAGCAGCGGCUCCCAGCAUCGCCACGUCAUAAUCUCGGGCACAAUCACCAUCGCCGGUGUUGCUGACUUUUGCCGCGAGUUCUUUGCCCAGGAUCCGAGCGGAAAUGUUGUCAUUCUCACCUGCUCCGAGCCUUCGCUCGAGAUGAGACAGAUACUGCGCAAUCCCUUCUAUCGCAAUCGAGUCAGCUAUCUCAAUGGCAGCUCGCUCUCGCUCUUUGAUUUGAGAAGGAGCCGUGCAGUCAAUGCCACGGGCCUUUUCUUGUUCAAUGUCGACCACGAGGCACUCAAAAACAACGACGAGGACGACGAGGUAUCGGCAACUCGCGGUGCCGAUGCGUCGAUUCUGAUGAGUGCCCUGGUCGCCAAGAACGCAUUUCCCGGUCUGCCUAUCUUUGCCCAGGUGCAAGACAUCGCCGCCAGAGAUCUCUCUGAGCACUGCGGCUGCGACCGUGUGCUCAGCCUUGAAGAGUUCAAGAUGACAUUACUCUCUCGAACCUGUCUUGUUCCGGGCUUCUUGACGCUUCUGCUCAACUUGAUACAGACUUAUCAGCCCACGCGAAACGCAGAGAUCGGUUGGAUGAAGGAAUACCACUACGGAGCUAUGCACCAGCUACACGCCUUUCGCUGUCCCAAGGGCUUUAGCGGCGUCCCUUUCCGACAGGCUGUUCGUGCGGUCUACGACUCCUUUGGAGUCAUUCUGUUUGCUCUGAUGCAUAGCACCAGCUACAACAUCGCCAUCAGUCCCAGCGGAGACACGGUACUGCGCGGUGACGACAUCAUCUUCUGCAUUGCCGAGGGCGGCGAGGAGAUGAUCUUGAGAAUCUGCAUCCAAUUCAAAGAGUCGCUCGACACAAGCACCAUAGAUAAAAAGGACAAGGCGAAAGACAUUGAGGCCGACAUAGAGGAGCUCUUCAAGCAGCCCAGCGAAGAGUCGGUCGACAAAGCCACGCAGUCGAACAAGCCCAGCACCGAGACCCAUAUUGACGAGGAGCCUGUUUCUGAUUCCGUCGAAGGCGAAGCUGCUCCAGUGACCUCCAAGAUUUGCUUCCGGGACCACAUUAUACUUUGCGGAUCAGUUUCGUCCCGCGGCCUCCGUCACUUUGUGAAGGGGAUUCGCUCGAGCAACAUUGAAAGCCAGCGCGAGGUCCCUGUGGUAUGCAUAUUGGACAAGAUGCCAGAUGUUUCCGUCGGCAUCUGGAAGGACACCAUGGCGACGUUUUCGAAUCUCCAUUUGGUGGCCGGCACGCCACUCAAGCGAACGAGUCUGGUCGAAGCUAGCAUCGAGACGUGUCGCCAGAUCGUGAUCCUAUCGUCAGCGACGACCAUCAACUCCCAGGAGGGAGAGAGUGCGAGCCGCACCCUGCCUGAUGCAAAUGCAAUCUUCAUAAUCAAGAUGAUCGACAAGAAUGACACUCCAUUCUCCAAACUCGAUAUGAUGGAUUCUGAUUCCGAUGGCCCGGUACUCCGUAUUUGGAAACACAAGGAAUGGCCCAACACCCCAUUCAUCGUUGAGCUGGCAAACGGCCAGAACGUCAAGUACUUUACAACCAGAGAGCUUCAGUGGGAUGAAAAGUUCCUCCAGAUGAAGUUCAUCUUGAAUAACUGCUCCCUUGGGGUCUCCGAUCGUCUGCAGAUGUACAUGAAACUGAGAACUGAGGGCGUCGAAACGCCGACACUGCUACAGAACUUGAUUCAGUUCACCGCCGAGACCAACGCCGAUGUUUUGCCCAAGGGUCCCCGUAAAACCCCGAAGCCAUCGACACGGCAGGCAAAGCUGUCUCCUACCAAGGACAAGGAUAUCGAAAAGCUUCCUCUGACGGUUGAGCAGGCCCAACAGGACCACCACAACGACGAGGAGUCGGAGGGUGACCUGGAGGACGAGGACGCAUACAAGCCCAUUGAGCAAACCGAGUCGCGAAGCGAGGCGCCCCUGACAACGGUUUAUCUACAAAAGCUGCUUGAGGAGGCCGAGAGUACCGAAUACGGCAUCUCACCCUUUCCGGUUUAUCACUUUGACAAGUUCUUUGCGGCUGGCAUGGUGACGACCUCCCACUUUGCUCACGCGCUGCUGUGCCAGUCGUAUUUCCGUCCCUAUGUGAUCGAGAUCCUCAAUCAACUCUCGAGCCGCAUCAUCUCCAUGCCUGUUCCGCCGCAGUUCCACCAAAGGCAGUAUGUGCAGCUGAUGCACUACCUGCUCGAUCGCGACUACAUCCCGCUGGGCCUCUACCGUGGUGGCGCCAAGGUCUCGCACCACUCAAGCAGUGACCACCUGAACAACGAGCACGACUUUCCGUAUGUGUACACAAACUGCAAGGGAUUUGAUUUGGUAGACACCAACGACACUGUCUUUGUGGUCAAGAAUCUGCCAUAGUUGAUCCCUGGCAUUAUAUACAGUGUUAGAAAGGAGAGACAGGGGCGCUGUGGCAUAGGGGAGGUUGGCCUCUGUGUUCGGGUAACGGAAUACAUGUCCUCGUCAAAUCAUCCAAAGCCCGUCACCAUCCACCGCUCUCUUGGAUUCUAAUCCUCAGAGCGAAUGCACCAGGCAAUAAGAUAAUCAAUAUGGGUAAAACAGUGUCCAUUUUCUCGUUUGAACGCGCAAGUCGUCUAAUAUUACUGCCAUAUACAAUCGAUUGCCGAGCAUCCACACUGGCCGCCUCGGAGAUGUCCACCACACCCACAGGUUCCAAUCGAGGCUGCAGAUGGUCACGGCCUGCCCUUUCCACAUGUUCACAUCACCUCAGUGGACGACAUGCCAGCUCAAUGACCGAAUGAACAUCGAGGGCCAUCAUCAGCCUGGUGGCCCCCAGAUGGCGUCAGCCAACACAGUCGACGAGACUUCUCGAUGUGAA